UCGAAAUGUCAAAUCAAAGCGCGGCCCUCUACGGCAAGCCAAGCCUGUCAAUAGAAAUAAAUCAACAAAAAAUAUUUUUGCUUUAUACUUUUUAUGUAAAAAUCUUCAGUUUUUAGUGCAAAUAAAGGUCAAAAUGUUCUCGUGCAUGUUUCUAGUACCAUUAUAAGUCUAAAGCAUAAACUGUCACUGCAUAUCAUUUAAACAAAAAAACCCGAAUUUAAAAUGAGAUAUCAGUGCUAGAAGUACAUACCAGAAGCAUUUUAGGCUAGAAUUAUAGUGCAACCUUAAACAAAUUUUAAUUUAAAAUCAUAAUGAAUGGAACUAUGUUUUUUGAUUCUAUAUCUACACAGGAUAAAAAAGGUACUAGAAAGAAUAAAAAAGAUAAGGGAGAUUUAAAAAUAAGCGAUAACAAGUUAGAAAUUAAAGAUGAGAUAGUUGCACAUACAGAAUUGAGCUUCAAAAUUACAAAAAAUGAUCGGAAGGAAAGAAAACAUAAUUUGGAACUUUAUAAACCUAUAUCACCUAGCAUUGAAGAAGAUAUGCCACAGUUUGAUUUCAGGAAUUCUCCCUCACCUGGACAGGAUGUAUUAAAAUUUACUCCAGGAACAACAUUCACUCACAUAAACAACCAAGCUUUGAUGUUUGAGAAGUACUCUUUAUCAUCGGAUAUUUUUUCUAAUGCCAAUUUCCAUCAACCAUCAAAUAUUAACAUGCAUUUUUCUUAUAAUAACAACUACAGAAACAACAAUAAUAAUAACAAUGUCAAUUACAAUAACAACAAUGAUGGGCAUUAUAGUAAAAAUCGCUCUAAUCAACAAAAUAAUCAUUCCAACUCUAAUCAUAGAGAACAACGUAAGCGGCAUUUGAAUAAUUACUACAGAACUAGCAACGAUCCGAUGAUUCGUAGAGCUCACGGUCUUUCUCAUAGAUUCAGAUCCAGAUCCGAUAUACUAAAAAUUGAUCCAAGUCCCUCUCAAUUGCUAAAUGGAGGACCAUACGACGACCUCAGUGAAGCCAUAUAUGAUGUUUUCACAAGCAAAUCCCAGAAACCUGAGACUUACGAGGAUAAAAUUCAAAUAUGGAAAGAAUUGUUUUUAUACAUUAGAAGAUGUUUAACCCAUUACGCUUUAUAUAUUGUCGGUUCAACAAUGACAGGGUUUGGAUUAAAUUCUAGCGACAUCGAUAUGUGUCUACUUAUAAGACCUUGCACUGAAGAUCCACGUUUAGAUUCACUCAAUCAGCUUCAUCAUAUUAAAAAUCAUCUUUUAAAGUACGGUUUUAUCGUCCAUUCCGAACUCAUAAUGGCUAAAGUACCCAUUUUAAAAUUUCGAGAACAAUCCAGAGGUUUUGAGGUUGAUUUGAAUUGUAACAAUUCGGUGGGAAUUUAUAAUACUCAUCUUUUGUAUUGUUACGCGCGCUGCGAUUGGAGGGUCAGACCUUUGGUGAUUAUGAUCAAAAUAUGGGCGCAAGCUAAUGGUAUUAACGAUGCUAAAAAUUUGACUGUUUCCAGUUAUUCUUGGACUCUGAUGGUUAUUCAUUAUUUGCAAUGUGGUGUUUCUCCAACCGUUGUCCCAUGUCUACACACGUUAUAUCCAGAUCAUUUCAAUGCGGUUACAAGUAAAAUUACUGAUGUUCAUGAAGAUUUGUCAUCAUUGGACGAGUUUCAAUCUUUUAAUACUCAGUCUUUGGCAGAGUUGUUAAUUGGUUUCUAUGGCUACUAUUCUGAUUUUGAUUUUAAUCAAUUUGCCAUAUCAGUACGUGCUGGAGGCCGUCUUCUAAUUGAGGAUUGCAAACAAGUCAAAGCUCCAAAAAACGACCAUAACCAAUGGAAAUACCUUUGCAUUGAAGAACCUUUCGAUUUCACUAAUACUGCUCGUUCAGUAUACGACAUAGCUGCAUUCCGUCAUAUUAAAAACAUCAUAACAAAAUCUUACGAAGAACUGGUAAGAACUAAAAUGUUGAACAGCGUACUACCGGUUGGUUUGGGACCGGAUCCUACUAUCAGUGUUAGUACUGUGAUAAUGUAUUAGAUCCAUUUGUUUUUUUUGUCAGUUUAGGUUUGGUACAAGAUUGUUUGGGUUUUAUUUAGUUUUUGACAGAUUUGUAAUGAACAUAGUUGUUGAUCAUCUACAACUUUGGAGUAGUUUGUUUUUAAAAAGCUUUGGACUUCCAUUUUAAAUUUCAUGAGGCAGUCAAAUUUAUGCAUGUAAGAUCAGGUGAGCGUGCCUGACAAGAAGAACAGAAGGGAUCUUUUGUCAUUAUUUUUCAAACUGAAGAUUAAUUUAUACUUGCUCAAGCAGGCUUGAAGCUCAAUUAAUCUCCACAAACUAACCCACAAUAUUUUGUACCAAACUUAUCCUCAAUAAUAAUUGUUCUUGGAAAUUUUCCUUAAAAUCCAGCCUGUCCUUGUUUUGCUGCCUUUAAAUGACAAAGGACAUCACAACAUUGGAAUACAAUGAUUGAUGAAUUCAAAAACUAGGCAAUGUACUUAAAGCACUUCAAUCGAGAAUAUUUGUUUAAAAAAUUUGAUUUUAAAAUAGUUACAAACAAGUUGGGAAUCUCAAUAAUGUUACAAAACAUCCGUUUAUGCAUUUUUCCUGUGAUAUUUUAUGUACCUACUCAUUUUGAUUGCUCCGCAUUAUUAACCAUUCUAUUUUGUUCAUAUUCAAUUGAGUCAAAAUCUAAAGAAAGGUUGUAACUGAUCUGUGUCAAUUUCACCUCAGGGUCCAUAAGAUUUAUUUUUAAGCAGUUGUAUAAAAUCAUGAAAUUUUCAAAAAUAAGUAAAUGAUUGACAAAAAAUUUAACAUAAAUAAGGCUUCUCCUAUUUGUUCUAUAAUUAUUAGUUAGUGUACCUAUUUAAUGUUAGUUGUUUUUGCUUCAAGUUAAAAAGUUCUUAAAAAAAUAUUAAAAAAGAAUUAAAAACUCGGACAUGGAACAUUUAUAAAAAAACAUGUUCGAGUGAGAAAAAAAAGAUAUUUAUUUUGUGUUGUCUGUGUUACAAGUUUAUUUAUAAGUUAACUAAAUUUUAAACUUUGCCUAAUAAUUUCAAAAAAAGUGCAGAGUUUAAUUCGAUGAGGCCUAAUGAACACUCUAAUAAUUUCCUCAUAAAUAUCUCUCAUAUGCUGAUAGAGGGUUGUGCAAUUUUAUAUACAAAAGGAAAAAUAAAAAUUAAACCAAAAUUUUGGGUGUGCACGUUUGUCCAUUAAUUUAUACAUCAAAAACUGUCUGUGCCAUAAACCUACUAUUGCAUACGAGCAAGCAAUAUUUUUGAAGACACAAAAAUCACAUACUUAAAAUAGAAGCUAUUUUCUUGUGUGCAAUAGUGAAAGUGUAUUUAUUCAGUUAAACAAUGCCCAAAAUUGGGAUAUAUUUAUUUAAAAAAAAAACGUAGGUAUAGGUGAAAUUUAAUAAAAACUACGCUUAAGGAUUUGCAAGCGAUACGAGCUUGUCAAAAAUCUUAGAAACCUAAUACAUAUCAUUGAGGGGCCGUAAUUAAUAAUUCAUAUCUAAGUGUUAUUUUUCAAAGUGAGACCUUUUUGCAACGAUUUUUGUUGUUGAGUUUGUAUAUUUAAUAUUUAGAAAAAAAUUGUUAGGUAAAAUAUAAAAAAAAAUAAAUAAAUGUGAUUUUUUUCUGUGAAUAUUUAGUAGAAAAAAAAAUUAUUUAAAAAAUAUUUGAAAAAAAAAAUAAUACAAAAUCUAUGAAAUUACCCAAAAAAAAAAUAAUAAUAAUAAUAAGGUUUAAUUUAUAAUAGUAAUAAUGUAAAAAAAAAAUAAUAAAUAAAUAAUUGGUUUUUAUCAAAUUUAAAUGAAGUAGCUACCUAAGUGAAAUGCGUAAUUUUGUGAUUUAAAAAAUCUAAUCGAAACUCAAAAUGCCCUGGAAAAAUUCCUACAAAAAAUUACCUUUUCCAUAUUUAUUUUCACAUGGCACAAGCUUUUCCUUAUUAAUAAUUUCUUUGUAAGUUUCUCUAAUUCUCCUUUAUCACUAAAUUUAUAUCAUUUUUGUACAACUUUUAAAAAGUUAAUUUUUACAUUCUCCUUAGUGCCGUUGAUACACCUAUUGUUCAAUUUAAAUUUGAUAAGAACUUAUUUUUGACAAGAAUAAUACAUAAUUACAUAUCUCUACUUAAAGGUAGUUAAUGUCUAGUGGAUAAUAAAUAAAAAAUAAUAAUGGUACUUUUUGAUAAUAAUGUGGUAACAAUAAUAUUGUAAAAAAAAAAUAUCAAAAACAUAUAAGUUAUAUUUUUGAAGUUGUUUUUUGAAAAACUUUCUGGAGUAAAUUUACAUAAAACAGAUAUUAGAUUGUAAAUUUAUUAUUGUGAUUUUUGUUUAGUUUUUUUUUUGUGAUAUGUUUAGUGAGUUAAAUUUUUAAGAGUUGCUGUGAAUUUUCAAUUCAAGAAAUUUUUUGAGGGAAGUUUAUAUAUUAUCUCUAUACCUUUCCCCAAUUUUUUCUUUAAUGAAAUAAUUCUACCUUGAAGUUUUUAGUCAUUGGUGCCAAAUAAAUACAAAUUAUUGGUUAAUUUAUAAUUUAUUUACUUAAUUGCUAAUAUAGUAUUAAUCACAUAUAAAAUACAUAUUGUGUGAAAAAUAAAUUUUAAGACAAUAUUUAUAAAAAUUGAACAAUAAUCUUUACAAUAAUUAAAAAAAGGGAAAAGGCUAUGCAUUCAAUAUUAUAAUAAUUAUGUAUUUGUGUUAUAACUGUUUGGAAAAUGUCUUGUAUAACUAUGUAUUGCAAGACUAGUAAUGUUCUAAAUUCUCUCUGGUUGUAUUAAAUUUAAUAAAUUCUUAUAACAAUAAUUUACAAAUGAACAAUAAUUCUUUGGACUAAUACAUCUGUAUAUUAAAUUAACAAUAUUUAUAUCAAUUUUUAAUAAGUUCUACAUCUAUUUUAGUAUUAGGAUUAUACUUUGUCCUUUUGUCAUGGUAUUUUUCAAUAAAGAUGAGUCUAAG